CAUUAAGUUUUUGGUUUCUUCGAAACCACUGCUUAAGCGCCUUUAUAACGCCCCAGAAAACGAAAGUUCCAUUUUCCAAACUGAAUAUUUACACAGGGAGAGAGAGAGUUUAUCAGAGAGAGAAAAAGUUGAUUUUUGAUUUCAUUCUGUUUGCAACAAAGCAAUUACGAGAAGCAACAAACAAUCUGUGAGCAAAAGCGAAGGGUAGAGAAUCUCAGUCAGCUGGUAGCUACCUGCAGCCUCCAUGUCUGACUCUGAAGAGCUUGUUUUCUUCUUCUUGCUUCCUCCUCUUCUUCUUCUUCUCUCUGUUUUAUUUCUGCGUCUGGUCAAGAGAAGGAAAAUUACCGACCUCAAUCUCCCGCCGGGAAAUAUGGGCUGGCCUUUUCUCGGCGAGACCAUCGGCUACUUGAGGCCCUUCUCUGCUACCGCCUUAGGCGAAUUUAUGGACCAGCACAUCUCAAGGUUCGGGAAAGUGUACAGGUCGAAUCUGUUCGGAGAGCCGACGGUGGUGUCGGCGGACGCCGGUCUGAACCGAUUCAUAUUGCAGAACGAGGGGAGGCUGUUCGAGUGCAGCUACCCCAGCAGCAUUGGUGGGAUUCUGGGGAAAUGGUCGAUGCUGGUUUUGGUGGGGGACAUGCACAGGGACAUGAGAGUAAUUUCACUCAACUUCUUGGGCCACGCCAGGCUUCGGACCCAUCUCUUGCCUGAGGUCGAGAACCAUACACUGCUCGUUCUCAACUCUUGGAAGGAAAAUUCAACUUUUUCUGCUCAAGAUGAAGCCAAGAAGUUCACUUUCAAUUUGAUGGCGAAACACAUCAUGAGCUUGGAUCCCGGGAAGCCGGAAACAGAGCAAUUGAAGAAAGAGUACAUCACCUUCAUGAAAGGAGUGGUGUCUGCUCCUUUAAAUUUGCCUGGAACAGCGUACAGGAAAGCCCUGAAAUCUCGGUCAAUCAUUCUCAAAUUUAUAGAGCUGAAGAUGGAAGAGAGGAUGACGAGGAUGAGGGAGAGGAAGGAUGAUAACGAUUCGGAGGAGGAAGACGAUCACGAUCUCCUUGGAUGGGUUCUGAAGCAUACCAAUCUGUCAAAAGAGCAAAUCCUGGAUUUGGUUCUGAGCUUGCUCUUCGCCGGCCACGAAACCUCAUCGGUGGCCAUCGCUCUAGCCAUCUACUUCUUGCAAGACUGUCCAACCGCCGUCCAACAACUGAGGGAAGAACACCUUGAAAUCGCCAGAGACAAAAAGCUGGGAGGAGACCGGAGGGAACUGAGUUGGGAGGAUUACAAGAAGAUGGAGUUCACCCAGUGUGUCAUAAGCGAGACACUCAGGCUGGGGAACGUGGUGAGGUUUCUGCACAGAAAGGCUCUGAAGGAUGUCCGGUACAAAGGAUAUGACAUUCCAUGCGGAUGGAAAGUGCUACCGGUGAUCUCGGCCGUGCAUUUGGAUCCUGCUCUUUUUGAUCACCCUCACGUCUUCAAUCCUUGGAGAUGGCAGAACAACGGCAGCCGGGGAAGUGGGUCGAACUGCGCAAGCACGGCAGCGAUAAACAAUUUCAUGCCAUUUGGAGGAGGGCCGCGGCUGUGCGCCGGCUCGGAACUGGCGAAGCUGGAGAUGGCGGUGUUCAUCCACCACCUAGUCCUCAACUUCCAGUGGGAGCUGGCCGGCGCCGACCAGGCUUUCGCCUUCCCCUUCGUGGAUUUUCCCAACGGCCUCCCCAUCAGGGUCCGCUGCUGCGGCCAACCUUCCCUUUGAUUCUCUCUCUGUUUCUCCAUCAGUCUCUCUACUGGGUUUGCAUUGUAUGGCGUACGUGUACGUAGGUGCACGCAUGAAGACGAAGGCCAUAGAUAGAUAGAUAGAUAGAUAAAUUAAUAUUUAAUUAAUCAAUUAGAGUUUUCACAGGUGUAGGUGAUGAGGUAGUGUAGUUUCUUUUUCUUUUUCUUUUUGUGAAUUUUACUGCGUAGGUUGUCAUUCAUAUGAAUUAUUAUUAUUUUGAAGAAAAGGGAAGAUAAAUACAAAAAGAUUUUUAUUAGGAGUACUACUACAUGUUUAUCCUUUUCUUUUUUCUUUUUCUUUUUUAAAUUCUCCUCCCUCUCAAUAUUGUAAAUCUUAGACCUCCUCCCCUCUCUUAUUUGAGGGACUUUGGAUGUCCAGUAAUUGAUUAUUCGAUUAUAUUUGAAA